GGGGUAAUGCAACUUGCAGCUCCCUUAUUUAAGCGAUGGUAGCGUUCUUCUUCACAGUUCCACUGCUGCUUUUACGAAGAAAAGAAUGAUGAAAGAAUGGUCCCAGCGUGGUUACGAGAGUACCGUCAUCGCUUCUCGCUACGUAGACUUUCGACCAAAACCACCACAACAGCUAAUUGAAAGGGUCGUAGAAUUCUUAAAAGAAAAGCACCAAGGAGAUUUGAAUUUGUGCCUGGAUGUUGGCUGUGGCAGUGGCCAAUGCUCCGUACUUCUAUCACCGCACUUUGAAAAAGUUCUUGCUACUGACAUCAGUUGCUCUCAAAUUGAGGUUGCCAAAUCACAAAAUCACCCUUCUAACAUUGAAUUCCGUGUCUGCUCAGCAGAGCAGUCUCCUGUCGAAGAUGCUUCAGUACAGGUUGUUAACGCGGGGGUUUGUGCCCAUUGGUUUGACCUGCCGAUGUUUUUCAAAGAGGUUGACAGGGUGCUUUGCUCCAAUGGAGUUGUCGCUUUAUUUAGCUACGGACCUCCGGUUGUAUUUUUGCAUCCAACAAAAUCGGAAGAGCUUUUUGCUGCACUGAAAUAUUUUUAUAGUGAACGUCUUGGUCCUUAUUGGGCUAGUGGUGUUAGACAUACGGAGAACGAGUAUGCUGAUAUUACCAUUCCGUAUCCGGAUUUCGUGCGGGAAGAAGUUUGGAAAGAAGAGAAGGUAACCUUGGCCGGUUUCGUUGAGUACAUAACGUCGUGGUGCUCAUACAAUAAUUAUUGUAAAGCUAAUGGGGAUUCAGCUGGUCAGGAAAUUCUCCAAGAAUUUAUGUCAAAUUGCCAGAAAGCAUUAGAGACCACAAAAGACCCACAAGAGAUAGAACUUCAUUUUAGACGCAAAUACUUUCUUCUGAUGGCACACAAACCUUGAAUUCCUACGAGCUUAUUUCAUCAGAGACGUUGAAUUACCAACACAUGGUAGUCGCACAUGGUAAACGUCUGAGGGUAGUAUUUAUAUUCAUUUGAAACACGUGCUAUCAUUCUGGGUACUUAUUAACGUUAACCACCUUUGGAAUCUUCUUCUAUGAUACUGCAUCAAUGGAAAAAAGUAAUAGAUCUGAUUUUGAUUCCGA